UUCCCAUUUUGUUCCAGGCUGUGUAGUACGCCAAGCUGACCAUCAUUUACGCAGCCUGUCCCCAGUGGAAAUGACUCCUUGAGUGGUUCCUAACUCUGCACUGCCCACCCCUCCGGGAGGUGGGGAACUACGGAGGCGAACGGUGUUGGGGUUCUGCAUUGCGCGGCGUUGGCACCCCGCUAAAGGCUAGAGUUUGCUCCCCUUUUCCAGACUGGAAAGCAUAGGGGCUGGCAGACGGCCAAGCUCGCCGGCCGGUGGGGCGGGGACGGAGGCGGAGCCGCGGGGGGCGGGGCCCUCAGCCUCCGCGCCGGCGCCGACAGGGUGGGCGCCGCUCCUUCUCAUCCCCCGAAGUCCGCGGCGGCGGCGGUGGCAGCGUCCAGAUCCCGGAGCCUCAGCCGAACCGGAGCCGAGCGGGUGGCGGUGCAUGGCGUGCGCGGGGCUGCUCAUGUGCCUGAUCCGGCCGCCCGCGCCAGAACACCCGCGGCCCCCGGCGCCCGCGCCCGCCGCUGGGCCCGCCGGACACGCACUGUUCCAGGACGUUUUCCGCAGAGCAGACAAGAAUGAUGAUGGUAAGCUCUCGUUUGAAGAAUUCCAGAAUUACUUUGCCGAUGGGGUUCUCAGCCCAGGAGAGCUGCGGGAGCUGUUCAGCAGCAUUGAUGGGCGUCCCACUGACAAUUUGGAAACGGAGAAACUGUGUGACUACUUCUCAGAACGACUGGGCGUCUACCGGCCUGUGCUGGCUGCGCUGGAGUCUCUGAACUGUGCAGUUCUCACUGCCAUGGACACAACCAAGCUGGAGUAUGAGCGGGCCUCCAAGGUGGACCAGUUUGUGACACGCUUCCUACUGCGAGAGACAGUGAGCCAGCUCCAAGCCCUGCAGAGCUCUCUGGAGGGGGCGUCAGACACCCUGGAGGCCCAGGCCCACAGCCCGCGGUCAGAUGAUGAGAGGGUGUUGGUGCAGAGCAGGCCCCGUGGCAGCCGGCGGGCAGGGCGCAAGCCCCUGCGGAGCGUCAGUAGGUCGCCCACCUGGUCUCCUGGCUCCUCUGACACAGGGCGGAGCUCAGAGGCCGAGAUGCAGUGGCGGCUCCAGAUCAACCGUCUCCAGGAGCUCAUUGACCAGCUCGAGUGCAAGGCUCCCCGGCUGGAACCCUUGCAUGAAGAGGAGUUUACCAAGGGGCCCAACUCGCACAUCCUUGUGGCCCAAAGGCAGGUACAGGUGGCUGAGGCGGCCCUGCAGGACUUCCACCAUGCCCUGUGCUGCUACGUGGACUUCACAGGGGCCCAGAGCCAUUGCCUGCAUGUGUCUGCCCAGAAGAUGCUGGACAAUGCCUCCUUCACCCUGUACGAGUUCUGGCAGGAUGAGGCCUCUUGGAGAAGGCACCAGCAGUCCGCCUGCAGCAAGGCCUUCCAGCGCAUCCUCAUCGACCACCUGCGGGCUCCAGACACCCUCACCACUGUGUUCUUCCCAGCCUCCUGGUGGAUUAUGAAUAAUAAUCGAGCCUGACUUGCAUAACCAAGGACCCUCCUUCUGGAGCUUCUGGACUGGUCGGCUCAGCUUGAGACCAAGGACACUGCUGCCUCCUAUACCUGGGGCCUAGCUCUCAGUGGCCUCCCAGACCCAGCUGGUGGAGAAUCUCAGCCCCGGGAUCAGAGACAGGGCUCUUGCUUCUAUUUCUUCCUUUAUCAGUGUAUUUUAUUGUUUGUAGCUUUGGUCUCUGAGGUACUCUGGCCUCUGCCUGGCUCAGGAGGCCUGGAUUCUGGUCCCCUCUGCCCCUGCCUUGCUGCGUGACCCAGGGCAAGUCCCCUCUCUGAGUGGGCCUUGGGCCGCCUGGCUACCUAGUGGGUGCCUGCUUUCUUCCUGCUGUCUCGGGGCCAGGCUUCUGCUCUUCCCCAACCAGCAGCAGAACCAGGGCUGAUGCUCAGGGACUGUCCAUCCCGACCCCACCUCGACCCCUGAGGCUGGGCUGGAUCAGUCUGCAGUGUGGGGUAAGGACCUAGGAUUCCCCAUCAUCCUCCUGGGCUGGCAGGCUCCUGACCCUUCCAGCACCUGCAGCUGCACCAGCGACCUCUGGAGGAUCCUGGGUUGGUUUGCAUGUCAUUUACAUAUCAUUUGCAUGCUCCUGCCCACCCAUACUCAGGGCACUAUGGGAAGCCCCAAGGUGACCUUGCUAAGUAGCAAUAAUUUGGGCCAAGUCACCUGAUGCCCCUAGAUACCUCUGAACCCCAGCCCAGGACCCCAGCACAGAGGCAAUAAAGGCAGUGGUCACCUCCUG